GACGCGCUCCGUUUUCGAAGGCCCAAUCAACUCCCCAAGAGCCCAACGGUGCUAAAGAAAACAUCCUCUGGCUAGCCCGCUAGUGAGCAGCUCGUCCUCCUUCCUGGCCCACUGCGCCCCCGGCGGGGCUUCCUUUCUUCCAUUCCAGCCGGCAUCCAGGAGGCACGGGACGGGCACUAAUGGCGACGGCGGAGAACAAGAGGCCCCGGAGCAGCGGCGGCGUGGAGAGGAGGUCGAGUAGGAAGGAGAUAUUGGGGAAGAAGAAGGCGAUUGAUGAACUUAUAAGGAAAGCUGUAGCUGUGAAGGAUCAUCUAGCACAAUUUCCGGAUUUUCAUAAAUAUGAGAGAAGCGGUAUUUCGGUCUACUUGGAGUCUGGACAUGGCAAUCGGCUUUCAUUACCAACAAGGAAGUACAUCCAGAAUCUUCUCAAGGUUAACAUGGAGGGACCUUAUGGAUCUGAAUGGCCUUCAGAAGAGAAAAUUAAAUACCGGGAAAUGGUUGCCCCGGAUGCACGAUAUAUUUUUGUCUGGCAAUAUACAACUGACCAUGUUGCCAAAAACUCCAUGAAGCAAGAUGUAGGGGCAGCACGUAAUGGAGGUCACUUGCUUGGUUUUGUACAUUACAGAUUUGUUGUGGAAGAGGAUGUGCCUGUUGUUUAUGUGUAUGAGCUACAAUUGGAUCCUUCGUUCCAUGGGAAGGGCUUGGGGAAGUUUCUAAUGCAGUUGAUUGAACUUAUAGCUUGCAAGAGCCAAAUGGGAGCUGUGGUGCUGACGGUUCAAAAAUCUAAUACUGCUGCUAUGGCUUUCUACAACAAUUUACGAUAUGUGAUAUCCAGUACCUCGCCUUCACGAGUGGAUCCACUGAUCGGAAUUAGUAAAAGCUAUGAGAUUUUGUGCAAGACAUUUGAAUCUGAAGCUAAGUCCAAAUUGGAGGAAGGCGACUAAACAGUGACAAUACACUGGUCAGUCAAGGAAAUGCAACAUGGCUGCGGUUCUUCUUCUAUCCAUGCGUUGCGUUUCUAGCUUGGGCUGCUUGCAGUGGGUUCCGGCGGCCUGUGUCAUUGUGAUUUAUUCAGGCUUCAGGCUGUUUCGUUUAAUACUUUCAUGGCGGCCAAUGUUUGCGAAGUUCAAUGUUGGAAACUUUGUUUCAUUAAAAAAAAGUCUGCAACUCUGACCGAGUUUGCCUGGCAUCAUAUGAGGGGUUCGCUGGCGAAA